GUGCUUUUCUUUGUUGGCUAACAAGAAGUAGAAGAUAGCAACUAAUCCUACUUGCUAGUUAUUAAACAAACUCUCUCUCUCUCUCUCUUCUUAAUUGAGUCAAUGUUUGUUCCCUUUCUUUCCCUGUGAAAAUAUUAGCCAGCCACAGGAUUGGUUCUCUUUCUAUGAAGUUUGGGACUCUGAAAUCAUUUUCAGUGAGUUGGGUCUGUUUCUUUUUGCAUUACAUAAUUUCUCUCUGCUCCACUAUUUACUAGCAAUUCAAAGGAAAACAAGAAAAGGAGAACCACUCCUAUUACAUAUCAAUAUUAUUUUGGAAACUUCUACCUUUCUUUUUCCAGUCAUAUAGUUUUGCGUUUCUUCAUUUCCUACUACAUGCACAGUUUAUAUCCCUUUUCUUUUUCUUAUUCUUUUCCUCCAUUGGCUUCUUUGCUUCCUUAACUCAUUCUUCCACUAAGCUUUCUUGACUGUAUACACUUGUGGAUGUGGUCUUGCUCCCUCUUUCAUUUUCUAUGAUUUUCUUGCUGCUUAAUUUUAUGGGUUUUGGGCUUUCUUUGAUGGGUUCUUUUUGUUUGAUGCAUUUGGUGUUUCAAGAAUCGAGUUUCCCUUGAAUUGCCUGUGCCUUUCGGGGGUUAUCUUUAUUUAUUGAGGUGGGGAUUUUUUGGGGGUAGUGUGUACAGUAAGUAGCAAGAUUCUGUCAAUGUUUAUACUUAUAAGUGGCUAAAGGACGAAAUUUUAACUUGGUUUUUGCCUUGUUGGGAAAAAAAGAGUGUAAAAAAGAUCAAUUUUCUUGCUUGUAUUGACAAAGUGGGUUUGUAUCUAAUUUCCUAAACAGUAAUUCUACAGUAUUGCAAGCUUGCAAUGCAGUCUUGGAACUAUGUUUCUGGAGGGAAGGGGUUUGUAUCCAAUGAAACAGCUUCAUCGUCUGAUUCUAUUGCCAAAAGCAAAAAUGUGUUGAUGGGUUGGGAUUUGAAAACUGCUUGUGGUUUCGGCAACAAUAAUGUGGUCGUCGCGGGUCAACAAGCUAUUGAGAAUCACUGUUUUGGGGAAUUAAAUUAUCAAGAAUUGAUGGGGAAACAAUUGCCUGAUAAUUCAAUAAGGAAUGCUUUAAGUAGUGAAGCUGAUGGUGGAAAAAGCAUCAACCAUUUCAUGGUUAACAUGAAUGUUUUCUCCUUAGAACAUGAGUCCACAUCAAGGCUUUCUAGAACUGUUGUGGAAUCCAACAGUAGGGAUUCUUCAUUCAUUGAUUUGAAACUUGGAAGGUUCGGUGAUCCAACAGAAGGUCAUAAUUCCAGAAUUUCCAAAGGAGCAUCUGUUAUGUCUUCAUCUGAGUCAUCCACUCCUCCAAAGAGACUGAGAGUGGGAGUGAAUUCACACCCUGCACAUUGCCAAGUUUAUGGUUGUAAUAAGGAUCUCAGCUCCUCAAAAGAAUAUCACAAGAGACAUAAAGUCUGUGAAGUUCACUCCAAGACGUCCAAAGUUAUAGUGAAUGGAAUUGAGCAGAGGUUUUGUCAGCAAUGCAGCCGGUUUCAUUUACUGGCUGAAUUUGAUGAUGGCAAGCGAAGCUGUCGUAAACGCCUUGCAGGCCACAAUGAACGUCGGAGGAAACCUCAAGUUGGUCCUCACUCUGGAAGGACUGGAAAGCUACUCCAGUCAUACAAUGGCAUUGACGCCAGUAGAUUUCAUGGGACUGCAUUAACAUCUUUUAUCUGCCAAGAUAUACUCCCUGGUGGCCCAAUGCAUCCUAAGAGAUAUGGAACAGAUAAUUGGUGCAGGCAAAUAAAAGUUGAAGAUGGGUAUUUUAAUCCACUAUCAUCUAUUCCUGUUUCAAGUGGGCAUCCCCAUUCAAAGUCCCUUUUCCCUUCUAAUAACUUGGAUAAAGUAUUCCUUGCAUGUCAUGGAAAUGAAGCUACUACUGCAACUGGAAGCACUCUCAGCGAGAGCACUAAUCGAUAUCCACAUGAUCUAGGAGGCUCAAUUUCCAGUUCACAAUCAUUAAUCCAGGACGCCUCAUUAGGCCAGGCAGACUUUUCUGCUUUUGAUGCAGCUUCAAAUGUUCAAGGGGUAUCAGGGAUCACAAACUCUGGUUCUGCUCUCUCUCUUCUGUCAUCUCAAUCACAUAAUCUUUCAAGCCAUUCAUCAGGGAUUUCUAUGGCUUGCCCACUGGUACUUCCUGGCAGAAGUAGUCAUUAUAGUGUGAGUCAAGUCUCAGAAAAGCUCGUAGGAAUUAGUUCACAGGCUUCCGCAGGUGCUAUGCAAAACAAGUUCUCUUCAUCAGGAACAAGUUCUGCAGAAGGAAGUCGGUUGGGAUCCAUACUGUUAUCUGAUGGUAGCGAUGCCAUCAAUUUUGUCAUCGCUGAUGGGAUGUACCAAGGAUCAAAUUUUAUGAAUGCAAAAGAUUGUCUUUCUUGUGAAGAUGGCACUACCAUUGACUUGCUUCAGCUGUCAUCACAGCUUGAGCGAGUGGAACGACAGAAGCAAUCCAUGCAAGUGAAACAGGAAAAUGAUGCUUUCUGCUGGCCUCACAUCAUUUGAAGUGCUUUGUGAAGAAGGUCCCAGCACAAAUCCAUUGACGAAUUUCAAUUCUAUCUUCUAGUUUGAUAUCCUAGUGAUUUUCUUGAAAGGGAAAAAAGAUGUUUACUUUCUGUUAUUUUCUCUUGGAAUUAUUUUCUGAUACAUGGAGAUCAACCCUACUGGCCUAUGUUCUGACUAAAAGGAAAAACAAGUCAAGUAAAUGAGCUGCAUUGCCUGUUCAUUGUCUUCGAAGACUGAAGAAUUGCACUUGGAUUGACACAAGGAGAAGGUGGCAGAGCAUAUGGCAGCUUCACAUCUUUGGUACUAUCAAAAGAUCAUCCCAAAGCAGCGUAAACUGAAAUGCUACAAGCAAAACACAAUGUCCCUUCUCACAUGUUUGAUACUAUCAGAAGAUCUUUCCUUGCUGAGAAGGAAUAGUCAAUGCUAUCUGCGAUUGCACAAUCCAUGCUCCUUUUUCUUUCUUCCCUUCUCAACGUUAAAUAAAAAUAAUAAUAACAAUCAUUAGCAAA